AACAUGACAAACCACACUAUGGUGACAGAAUUCACCUUGCUGGGUAUCCCUGAAACAGAGGGCCUGGAGAAUGUCUUGCUCUUCCUCUUCUCAGCUUUGUAUGCCUGUGCUCUGCUGGGAAACUUGCUCCUUCUUACUGCAGUCAUCUCUUCCCCACAACUCCACACUCCAAUGUACUUUUUCUUGGGCAACCUCUCCAUCUUUGAUAUGGGUUUCUGUUCCACUACAGCCCCAAAGAUGUUGUCAUAUCUCUCAGGACGGGGUGGAGGGAUCUCUCUUCAGGGAUGUGUUGCUCAGCUCUUCUUCUAUCAUUGUCUGGGUUGCACAGAGUGCUUCCUAUACACAGUGAUGGCCUAUGACCGCUUUGUUGCCAUAUGCUUCCCUUUGAGAUACACAAUCAUCAUGAACCACAGAGUAUGCUGUGUCUUGGCCACGGGGACCUGGAUGAGUGGCUGUGUGCAUGCCACUAUCCUAACUUCCCUCACUUUCCAGUUGCCCUACUGUGGCCCCAGCAAUGUGGGUUAUUAUUUCUGCGACAUGCCUGCAGUGUUACCGCUUGCCUGUGAGGACCACUCUCUAGCACAGAGGGUAGGCUUUACAAAUGUUGGUCUUUUGUCUCUCAUUUGCUUUUUCCUCAUCCUUGUGUCCUACACUCGAAUUGGGAUCUCUAUCUCAAAAAUCCGCUCAACGGAAGGCAGGCAGAGAGCGUUCUCCACCUGCAGCGCCCACCUCACAGCCAUUCUCUGUGCUUAUGGGCCAGUCAUCAUCAUCUACCUUCAGCCCAAUCCUAGUCCAUUGCUUGGUGCAGUUAUUCAAAUUUUGAACAAUCUUGUGACACCGACUAUCAACCCAUUGAUCUACAGUCUGAGGAAUAAGGAUGUGAAAGCAACCCUGAGGCAUAUAUUUCUUAAGAGAAGUCUCAGUUUGGAAAGCAAAUGA